AUGCCGAAAACUAAAUCAACAACUAAGAAAGUUAGUGAGACAAAGAUAAAACAUAUUAGUUUUUAUUUUUGUAAUUUUGAAUAUUUGACUAAUACUUUACUUAAAGCCCCCAGUGAUCCUGACAACAAUAAAGCCUCUGGUGACCACGAUAAAGAAGAAGCUCCUGGUGACCAUAAUAAUUCUAAAGGUCAUCAUUCUAAGGUUUCGUUGAUAAAUGCAUUCGACAAUCUUGAAGUAUUUUCUGAUAAAUCAAGUAAUGUACUGGCCGAGCUUGAUGGAAACAUUUCUAAAAAGAAUGGGCAAAAAAAGGAGAAUAAGAGUGUUAGAGAAAAUUUAAAAAAUAAAGAUUUUUUCGAAAAUUUUCUUACAGGAAAUACUUUUAACAAUUGCACUUUUAAUUUUUAG